UUCGGCUGUUGGAGCUGCCUGUGUGACUGCUGCGCUGUUACGUACGGGAGCGGUGUGGAGAUGGCGCUGAACUCGGCCUGGAAACAAAUGUCGUGGCUUUAUUACCAGUAUCUGCUGGUGACCGCGCUCUACAUGCUGGAGCCGUGGGAGCGAACAGUCUUCAAUUCCAUGUUAGUGUCCAUCCUUGGAAUGGCACUUUACACUGGCUAUGUGUUCAUGCCUCAGCAUAUUAUGGCAAUAUUGCACUAUUUUGAAAUUGUUCAGUGACAAAGAAUGUCCCAAGCUAGAGAGCAGUUGGAAAUUACGGACCAGAUACCUAAGAAGAACUGACUAUUAAGGAUUUCUACAGUCGACAAAACAAGCAAAACUCUGAAGAUGAGGCAACCAGUUGAACACACACAGAGGAUGCAAUAUGUCCUGAGUGUUGGUGGCAUUUUCUUUUGGUUUUACAAAAUUUCCUUGUAUAGUAAUUUUUGUCUAUGAACAUUGUGAUUGUUUGUACCUUUGAUAUCAGUAUUUUCUUAACUUUGUGACAGUCUCAGUAUUAUACUGUGAAAGCUUUUCUUAUUGCAACUUUUGAGUACAUCUUAAUUGCCUUCUAUUUUUAAUCAAA